CCAAGAGGAGUUUGGUUGCUACCGAGGCUAAGAAUGCCCAUGGAGACCCACUGCAGCUUGGAAUCUCUUCUCAAUACAUUCACCCCAGGGACCCCUUGGACUCCAGAGCAUCAGAUUAUCCAAAAGAGCCUGUGACCAAGUGCCUGUGUGAGACCCAAAGGCGACCCCAGCCUGGGACCCAACUUAAGACUCUCAGAGAGCCUUGGCAUGGAAGCACUUUUCAUCUAGAUCCUUCUCUCCCUCCCUCCCAUCGCUACUCACUCAGAGGAAUCACCCUUCUGUCAUGGGCCACAGGGACACCAAAGGGCUAAGGGGGUCUUUCCCCAGCCCGCUGACAGCCCCCACUCUGCCCCCUUCCUUUCUUAUGUUUUGAUCAUCUGUGCAAACUCCACUGUGGCCGCUGGCUUCCUGCCCCCUGGUUCUCCAUCAGAGAGAGCCCUGCUGUGCUUAGAGGUCUCUUGGGGUGAGCCAUGAUACCACGUGUUCAAAAGGCCCACCCCUCCAGGGCUUGGGCCCUGAUGUAGCCUAGGAACCCACCCACUGACUCCAGAUUCCAUGGACAGAAAUCUAGCCCCGCUGGGCUGCCUACAGCCACACUGCUGCCAAACACCCAACAUGGGUGACACCUGGUCCCAGUUGCCCUGGCCUGGACCACCACACCCCGCUGUGCUGUUGGUGUCUCUCCUCCUGGCUGCGGGAAUGAUGCCCUCAGAAGCGGGCACGAGCUGUCCAGUCCUCUGCACAUGCCAGAAUCAGGUGGUGGACUGCAGUAGCCAACGGCUCUUCUCAGUACCCCCAGACCUGCCGAGGGAUACCCGCAACCUCAGCCUGGCACACAAUCGCAUCUCCGCCGUGCCCCCUGGUUACCUGACCUGCUACAUGGAGCUGCGGGUACUGGAUCUGCGCAACAACUCCCUCACCGAGCUGCCCCCGGGCCUCUUCCUUCAUGCCAAGCGCCUGGCACAUCUGGAUCUGAGCUACAACAACCUCAGCCAUGUACCCGCUGACAUGUUCCAGGAGGCGCAUGCAUUAGUGCAUAUCGACCUGAGCCACAAUCCCUGGCUGCGGGGUGUGCACCCACAGGCCUUCCAAGGCCUGGUGCAGCUCCGAGAUCUGGACCUCAGCUACGGGGGGUUGGCAUUCCUCAGCCUCGAGGCCCUUGAGGACCUGCCCGGGCUGGUGACCCUACAGAUAGGCGGCAACCCCUGGGUGUGCGGCUGCACCAUGGAGCCUCUGCUCAAGUGGCUUCGCAACAGGAUCCAACGCUGUACAGCGGAUUCUCAGCUGGCUGAGUGCCGGGGCCCCCCUGAAGUCGAGGGAGCCCCCCUUUUCUCCCUCACUGAGGAGAGUUUCAAGGCCUGUCAUCUGACCCUGACCCUUGAUGAUUACCUUUUCAUCGCCUUUGUGGGUUUUGUGGUCUCCAUCGCUUCCGUAGCCACCAACUUCCUCUUGGGCAUCACAGCCAACUGCUGCCAUCGCUGGAGCAAGGCCAGCGAGGAGGAGGAGAUCUGAGGGAGUGCCCGGUGGUUCCCCAUGCCAACAUCCACCCCACUCCAGACCACUGGAUCUCCUUUCUGGAUGCCCACUCUGGCUCUUGGGAUCUUGUCCUCUUUGUCAGGGUUCAGACAAGGUCAGAAAAUGAACACUUGUGUGAUCCAGGCACUGUGCUAGGAAUCAGGAGUGUUUGAUGAGUCCCGCCUCAUCCCUUCAUCCGGGCACUUCCCUUGAAUAGAGGAGAGCAAUUUGAAAAUGACUCUUUUUCAAGGCAUGCUGUUCCCCAGAGCACCUCAUUAUGGGUGCCCAGAAGUAGUGUCAUCAACCUUGCUUAGAAAAGCCCAAGCGGCUUGAAGUGGAAGGCAUUUGUGAACUGGUUCCUCAAAAUAUAUCUUCCUUGUCAAGUAGACUAAAGGAUGCCAAUGACAGAAGCUAAUAAGCAUGGUGCAUGGAGAACAGUGGAGAGGAAAGUGAACCAGGGACAAAAUGUUGCCCUGUGAUACCCAAUCUGGCAGCCCUUGACAGUGCUGACCACUUUCUCCUGAAAAUGAGAACACCAUCAUUUCAAUUCACAUUGGUGUCUUCCUACCAGCAACUACCAGUUGAGAGACCACCCCAUGGGUUCCCCAUGUUCUACCUUGCAUGGGUCCCUGUUGGUGAAGUCCAAGGUAGCAAGCAAAAGCAAGACACCUUCAAUUCCCUAUCUCUGAUGCAUGCCGUACUCAAAUGUUGGCUGCAGCAGAGUGAACCAUACUUAGCAAAAGAGGCAGCAAGAGUCUUGGCACCCGAGAACUCCUUAACCCAUGACUGUUCAUGCUGUGGUGCUCCCACCAUGGGAUCUCACCAUAAAAGUACAUUGUGGGCUUCAUACCUGUCACAUGAUCUUUUUCCAGGACUGCAGGAAGCAAAAGCAACCCACUGUGACUGUAAAAGCACUUUCUCUUCUCACCAGCCCACCAUGGAAGCAAAAGGAUCAGAGAGCUGCUGAGAGUCGAGCUUUGGCCAGUGACAGGCACUUGAAUGGUUCCUUUUAAAGCACACCACAAGAUGUUGGGGGUAAAUAUUGUCAUUCUUGUGCUACAGUUGAGAAAAGCAAGGCUCAGAUAAGUCAACGUUAAGUGCUACUUUAUGAGCAAAAUGAGUCUCUGCUCUUUCUAUGACCUUAUCCAAGCUGGAAAACACCAAUUCUCUUCAAAUUCCAGUUCUGCCAAGGAAGAGCCAGAUGAGGGUCAGGCCCUCCUCCUAGAACUUUUAUAUGUAUUGACUCAUGUAUCUCAAAAUCCACAGCAACACUGCCUGGAGUUGGGGGGAACUUUAUUAUUCUUAUUUUACAGAUAAAUUCAUUAGACAGAGUUGAGUAACUUACCCCAGGCCAUCUGGAUCAAGCCCAGAAGGAAGGUGAUAGGAAAUUCCAUUCAGGGAAAUUCUGUUUAGUCUGUCACUCCAACAUCAAGAAAUUAUAUGGGCAAAGCACAAGUUCAUCUUUGUCACCAUCUUCAUUGUCACCUCCAAUUUUCUUCUCAGCAUAAACUUCUCUAAUUUGUUCAGCACUGGACAGUUCCCGGUGCACUUUGGCAUCCCUGUCCUUGACUGUUCCCAACACUGUGUGU